AUGACGUCUACAGCUGCCAAAAUCCUCAAGAAUGCCUCGUCCGGAGUGCUGCGUCUGGGCAUGAUGCCCGCCGACGGUAUCGGGCGAGAAGUGCUUCCGUGUGCGCAGAGGAUUUUGCAGAACACGCCUGGUGCUCCCAAGUUUGAAUUCGUUCAUCUCGACGCCGGAUUCGAGCACUUCCAGAAAACUGGAUCUGCACUACCAGAGGAGACGGUCAAGGCUCUCAAGAAUGACUGUCACGGUGCCAUGUUCGGAUCCGUCUCCAGCCCGUCGCACAAGGUUGAGGGUUACAGCUCGCCCAUCGUCAAGCUGAGGAAGGAGCUGGAUCUGUAUGCCAACAUUCGACCCGUUGUUGGCGUCAGGGGUACCAAGGACGAUGAAAAGUUCAUUGACAGCGUCAUCAUUCGUGAAAACACGGAAUGCUUGUACAUCAAAUCGGAGACGAGCGAAUCCGGUCCAGAUGGACAAAUCGCCCGCGCUAUCCGACAGAUCACCGAGAAAGCUUCUACUCGCAUCGGCAAGAAGGCCUUCGAGGUGGCGCUUGCUCGCAAGGAGCUUCGCAAGACGACGCAGCCCUCGUACGUUCCCACUGUCACCAUCUGCCACAAGUCCAAUGUGCUCAGUGUUACCGACGGUCUCUUCCGCACCUCCGUGCGCGGUAUCUACGAGCAGGACCAGAAGGCCAACGGCGGUGCUGGUCGAUACGAGGAGGUCAAGCUCAACGAGCAACUCGUCGACUCGAUGGUGUACCGUCUAUUCCGCGAACCUGAGGUGUUUGACGUGGUUGUGGCACCUAACUUGUACGGCGACAUUGUGUCGGACGCUGCUGCUGCCCUCGUGGGCUCGUUGGGUCUCGUGCCCUCAGUGAACGCUGGUGACAGCUUUUUCAUGGGCGAACCCGUUCACGGUUCAGCACCGGACAUUGCCGGUCAGGGCAAAGCCAACCCGAUCGCUUCGAUCCGCUCGGCCGCGCUCAUGCUCGAGUACAUGGGUUACACCGAACCCGCCCUCAAGAUCUACACUGCAGUCGACCAGGUCAUCCGCGAGGGCAAGUACCUCACUCCCGACCUUGGUGGCUCGGCUACCACCACCCAGUGCGAAGAAGCUAUCCUCAAGAAGAUCCAGGAAGCCUAA